UCUAAAAUUGUUUUAAAGUUCGGAAGGAUAAAAUAUGAUGUUUUUUGAUUCUACCUGACUUUUGCAAUGUCCUACGCAUGCGUAACUCCUCGCAAGUCAAUUGCGCCUUGGCUCCGGAGGAAUAACAACAUUACCAGGACAGCUACAUCAAGAGAUUUAUGGUACCUGUAAGCAUAGUAAAACAUAGUGUUCAAGGCUACAUUGCGUACAUCCAUUAGAUUCAUUGAUCUUUGUUUGAAUUGUUUUACGCGAAACUGCAACUCUCUUGAGUGAGAUUGAACCAGACAUUUCCCUCUAUCACGAAAUACGGUCAACCGAUCAAUGAUGCAGAAGUGCAGCGAGCUAGGAAAGAAUACCAUGGCCUGGCAGCACCUUCUUCGCCUUGGCCAUAAAAAGCUGAGGGUAAAGAAGGGUCCAUACGGCCACUUUUUAGACACCACAUGUCGAGAUGAGCUGCAGUCCUCCCUACCUGCGGACUCCUUCGACGAACUCAUGGUAUGGGUUGACAAAUGGCUCACUCGACUGGACGAGAAGGACAGAGUGGUGCGGCUAAAGGUGAAUUCCCAUCAGCAUCCGAAGGACACAAUAUCCGUCGAUUCUGAUGAAGAGGCCGAAAAGACAAGGCCGACAAGAAAACCAGCGGACUCAGCUGUCGUGGACCUUUGCAGCGAUGAAGAAGAUGAGGCGAAGAUGGAGCAGGAUUCCUUUGACACCGAAUCAGUUAUCUCCACCUCCUCACUUGUUCUCCUCGAUGAUGAACUGGGCGAGAUUAACUUAAAGGACUAUUCGGAUCACGUCGAUGGCAAACUGGAUGCAGACACUAUAAAAAAGCGGAAGCUAAGGGAGCAGGAACAGACCUCAUUCAGGGCCAACAAACAGACCACGAUGAAGAAAUUCUUGACCCCCAAGAAGUCGUCCAGGAGCUUUGCGAAAACGAAUAGCAGAAAAUCAAGGUCUCUUAUAAUUGGAAAGGAAAAGGUAGUGACAAAGGCCAAUGGAAAGCGAGGUACCUUGAUACUUCGAGAACUUAAUUUUGAGGAAGAAACCGAUUCGAAUAAGGAGGAAUCUAUGGAAGAUUCGGAUUCGGGCCAACAAGUCAUUGAUAAACUGAGCCCAGGGGAAAAUGUUCAAUCUCUGACAGAAGGGAAAUCGAAACCCAAGACUUUGGAAAAUGAUAGCAGCAAACCAAAAUCUCCAAUAGCCAGAGAGCACUCCCAAGAUGCUAUUAAAAAAAAGGAAUCUAAGCCCAAUGCCAUGGCAAAAAAGAAUCUUCCCCAUGUGAUAAACUAACAUACCAAGAAAUUAAACC